AUGCCGGAAAUCGACGCUCUCGUCUCCGAGUAUUCGCAUUUGAAGAAGUUCUCUCGUAGGGAUGAUGCUCUUCAGACGCUAAAGAAGAUCGCGUCUCUGGUCAAGCCUAUUAUGAGGGCGCGGAACUGGAGGGUUGCUGUGUUGGCUGAAUUCUAUCCUGAUGAGCAGAACCUGUUAGGUAUUAAUCAGAAUAGAGGCCAGAAGAUAUGUCUCCGACUACGUUAUCCAGGAGACAAGGACCAGUUCCUCCCACUAGAACAUGUUGUCGACACUAUGCUGCACGAGCUGGCACACAACGUAAUCGGUCCUCACAAUGCAGCCUUUCAUGCGUUAUGGGAUCAACUAAGGAAGGAAUACGACGCUUUGAUGUCGAAAGGCUACACAGGCGAAGGGUUUUUGUCUGAUGGGCAUAAGUUGGGGGGCGCAGGUAGGAUACCAAUGACAGAAGCCCGACGAGUUGCGCGUGCAGCCGCGGAACGAAGACGCACCCUCACUGCAGGCUCAGGGCAAAAGCUUGGAGGCAGACCGGUUCUGGCGGGGACGGAUAUACGGAAAGUGAUCGUUGAUGCCAUCGAACGACGGAGCACGGUUUUGAAAGGUUGCGGAUCUGGAGAAGCUAGAGAUGAGAAGGAAAUCAAAGACAUAGUAGACCAAGCUACGCAGAAUGGGUUCAAGACCAAGGCUGAAGAGGACGCGGCAAAUGAGCGUGCGAUAUCGCAGGCGAUGUGGGAACUGGUCCAGGAAGAUCAGAAGAAAGAAUAUGGCGAUGAUUACAUUGCAUCGACAGCAGAGAAUCCCUCCGGCAAUGGCGCAGGUCAAAUUAGUCCGUCGAAACCUCUCAAAAUGGAACCAUCUUCUUCUACAUCCCAGCCAAAACCUAGUUCUUCGAAAACUAUCAAGACGGAAUCAUCUGCUUCUGCAUCCCAGCCAAAACCCGGUCCUUCAAGACAACCCCCAAAACAUGUCAGCCGUCUAGUCACCGAAUCGACAUCGAAGAAACCAAAGCCUGUCUCCAAGCCCGUCACCAAAUCAAUCGCCUCGAUUCCAGCUCCAGCUCCAGCUCCAGAUCCAGAACCCAUCCUAACUGGCUGGACAUGCAACGCCUGUACACUGCACAACCCUCUGAACUACCUAUCUUGCGAUGCAUGUAUGACCGAGCGCCCCCCCGAAGUAACGCAAAAGAUAGCCGAAUCCGAGCGCAAGAAGACCACAGCCACACAUCCACCUAGCCUGAAGGCUCCUACAUGGACCUGUAGGAAAUGCACAACUGUCAUGGAGGAGAAAUGGUGGAGCUGUUCGACUUGUCUCACGGUGAAGGCUAGCUCUUGA